AUGAGUUCGCUUUCGGCUGCAAAUGGAAGCCAUACACUUGGUGAUGAGUUUACACAGGACGUUGUCAACUCGAUGGGCCCAAAGACCGACCCUCGAUUAAGAGAGGUCAUGGGCUCGUUCAUCAAACAUAUCCACGAUUUUGCAAGAGAAGUCCAGCUCACAACGGACGAGUGGAUGCUAGGUGUAUCAAUGAUCAACCAGGCUGGCCAGAUGAGUGAUGCGAAGAGAAACGAGGGACAGUUACUAUGUGACGUGAUCGGUCUCGAGUCACUUGUAGAUGAUAUUACGUACCAGGCGGCAGUGAAAAGCGCAGGAUCAGCCACUGCAUCAGCCAUCCUUGGACCCUUCUGGAGGCAUGAUACACCAACUCGACCAAAUGGAAGCACAAUCAGCUUCAACACACCAAAAGACGCUCAGGUCGCUUUCCUGUAUGGCCAAGUUACAUGCGCCUCAACUGGCAAACCCCUAGCCAAUGCGACCGUGGAAGCAUGGCAAGCAUCAACGAAUGGACUUUAUGAACAACAAGAUGAUGACCAAGUGGAGCACAACCUGCGUGGAAAAUUUGUGACAGAUGCGGAGGGCAAGUUUUCAUUCUACUGCUUGCGGCCCACUCCGUACCCGGUUCCGGAGGAUGGUCCAGCCGGAAAACUUCUAAGACUUAUGGAUCGCCACGUCUACAGACCCGCACAUAUACACCUUAUUUCACAAGCUCCAGGCUUCAAGCCGAUCACAACACAAAUUUUUGACAGCAAGUCCCAGUACUUAGAUAAUGACUCUGUCUUUGCUGUCAAGGACGGUCUGACCGUAGAUUUCAUUCCACGGAAGGGCGAUUCUGAGGCGGAGUGGGAGCUAAAGUACGACCUCAGCUUGGCACCUGUGUCUUCGUGA